UCGCAGCCCGCCACGCGCCUCCUGUGCGGCCACGUGACCGCGUGCUCGCUCAUAUAAGCGCGAAGCCGGAUCGCGGAGGUUUGCUGCGCUCCACUCAUCGCCACCAUCGCCACCACCAUCACCAAGCACGCCAUCACCGCAUCGCCGUCAUCCCACCGCCUUCACCCCGUCUCCAUGUAACCUCCACCCAAGCGCAAGUCGUAGAUUCGCGGACACACACUCACUACACAGCGGCAGCAGCCGUGGGUCGGCUCGUCGUGUCGUCCACCAACGCACGCGCGCGUUGUUGCUACUCUGACGCUCGUCCGUGAUGCACCCCGGCGUGCCUGGGGACGGAGGAGUCGGAGGAAGCAUGGCUCGCUUCGGGAGCAGACGGCCGUGUCACGACCGACUGCGUUUGUGGCUCUGGCUGGCUCUGCUCGCCUGUGUCUCGCCGGCGUUCGCCUUCCCUGCACCAAGCAACAUCGACACCAUCAGCGACAAGGUGAUGACCUGCAUGGUUGAGGCGCUGUCAGGUGCUCUCUCAGAAGCCACACCUCGAGCUCCCAGCGACCGCUGUCUUCGGCUGCUGAGAGAAGAUAAGAGGAUAGCUGGCUUGCUGCAUCACGAGGGCACUCGGCAGGAUGGUAAAGAGGAGGAGGAGAAGAGGAAGGCCUCUUCAGAGGAAGAUUCCAAGCCGCAAGAAGAUGACCAAACCAAACGCAGCGAGCACGGACACGAGGAGAAAACGGCCAUGGAGCAGAGCCUGAAGUCGGUUUCAGGAGGACACCAUCGCAGCAAGGUUGACGACGACGAGGAUAGCGGCACGAAGACAGACAAGGUGAGCGGCGAGGAAGAUGAAUCAUCAAUGAACGGGAAGCAAGGCGAUGAAGCUACAGCUCAUGGCGAGGGUAAACAUGACGACGAUGAUGACGACAACGAUGAUGACGACGACGACGACGAUGAUGUUGACGAUGCUCCUGAUGCUGAUGACGAUGAAGAUGACGACACAAAGCAGGAGUCGGCACCCAAGCGCGGCACCGUCCACGCGGCACCGAGCAGCACGGGCUCGGCCUCGCACGAGGCUGGCAUGGACAUGGAGGAGAGCGCCAUGGACGGCAAGUCCAGCAAACACAGCACAGGGCACGUGGACUCGAGCCACGGCGACGAAGAACACAACCACGACAAAGCAGACAAUGACGACGACGAUGAUAACGAUGAUGAUGAUAACGAUGAUGAUGAUGAAGACAGAGAAGCCAACGCGUCUGAAGGCGUCGAGCCACAGAGGGCGGCGACGUCCGCUGGGCAGCUCCGGCCCCGGCACCGGGAGGCGAGCGAGGCCGUGCGGCAGGCCACGGAGGACGUGGAGCGCCAGCUGAUGAAGAUGAAGCCGCACGACGAGGACGAUGACGCGGCGGAGGACAUCCGUCGCAAGCUCGACCUCGAUAGAGAAGCUGAAGGCGGCGAUGACGACGACGAUGACGACGAUGAUGCCGGAGGCCAGGCGCUGGACAAGCGAAUGGCCGAGAGCCUGAGCGACGAGAGAACCAUGCAGUUCGACUCGGCGGAGCGGAGGCAGCGCGCCGGGAAGAUGAUCGCGAGGGCCGUGGCCAGAUUCCGCUCAGGGCUCCACGUCUCCUCUGAGGCUUCCCAUCGAUCCCCCAAGGAACAGCAUCGCGAUGGCAACCAUGCAGACAACGACGGCGACGACGAUGAUGAUGAUGAUGCUGACGAAGAUGAUGACGAGGAGGAGGGUGAGGCGAAGCAAGGCUCCGAUGGAGAGAAGAUGAGUGGAAGAAGCUCUCGGCAUGAGGACGAUGUCAGCAGUGAAGGAAUUGCAGAGAGGGACGAGCUGGAGGGCAUGCAGAUGGAGCUGGAAAAGAUCGCGCACAAGCUCCUGCAGCUCAAGCGGCGCGGAUGACGGCGCCGCUGGCACGAAGCUCGCUCGGCAGGGAGAUGUUGGCCUCUGCACGAGCACCGGUGACCCCAGGGAUUCAUCUCUCGCCGAAUAUUGUCCAGGGCCCUUCUGGGCACCGCCGCCCGCCCAUCCGCCAUCCGCCACGGUCGCUAUGAGAUGUUAACUCCCUCGCCAGGUGUACAGGUGGUCGUGGGUUCUAUCCCAACCCUGACGCCCGUAUAUUUGGAGUUUGCUUGUCUCUCUCCUCGUGGUCGCGUGGAUUUCCCUCCGGUUU